CUCGAGGAGGAUCAUUUUACUGUAUAUGUACAGCAGUCGGUUCAUGACUAAUAUCUCGUCCGAAAGGGUCGCGACUGAAGUGUCGGGUGUAUGUAUGAGUGGCCGGAUCGCAGAAGAGGACGAUGCUCUCGGAGGACACGGCGCCCAGCAGCAGCAGCAGCAGCAGCGGUUCUUUCCACAGCAGGCUGGCCUCGGUCAUGGCCGUGUUAGCUCAGUCAGCUGUGGCAGAAAUCAGCAAAGUGUACGAUGACGGGCUGCUGCUGCUGCGCCUGGAGGUCUGCCGCAAAGACUCCGAGAUCCAGACGCUGAAGGGAAAACUGGAGACAGUAGAAAACGAGCUGCGGCUUCUGAAAGAGUCUCAGAGCUCCGAGAGCCGCGACGUGACCCCCAGCCUGACCCCUGUCCCCUGCGCAAAGACACCAGACCUUACAGAAAUCACAGAUGAGACGGAGCAGCAUCCUUCUUGGAAAUAUCAUCCUGUUUCAGAUGUGUGUAAUGGAAAGGAAAAGGAGCAUACAGGAGAAAUUAUCCACAAAUCAACAACAGAAAGAAAUUCACAGGACAUUCUUACAAAGGAAACAUUACACACCCCUACAGAGCCUGAACAAUCUACAGAGGAUCUGAACCAAGCAGAGGGCAGAACAGAGUUUCAGGAAGAGACAGAACAGGUGAUACGAACUUUAGAUGAGAGCAGCGUGGAGUAUGUUGUAAUAGAGGACAGCGAAACGCAGCCGUGGUCGUCUUUGGAGAACGGCGUGGAACAUGCAGAGGACCCUGACUGCUCUGUUGUAACCGAGCAAGACGGCCAUCUGCUGAUCUCCUCCGUGUGGAGUGUUGGUUCUAGCACAUCCAGUCCUGUAGAUGAUGCGACUACUGCAAACAGAUUCGACAUAGAAGAAGCGAGACAGCAAAGGAUGCCUCAGCAGACCAGGAGUGAAGAAGGACUGAGAGACCUAAACCAAUCACGACAGGUACAACACAGAGGGAACACAGCAGUCCAGAACAGACUCCUUCUUCCUUCAAGAACUCAUGAACGCGCCGCACUCGCUGUAGCCAGGCUACCUCAGACGAGAAAGCCGAUGAGAGAGAAAUGGUUCAUGUGUUCGUUCUGUGGGAAAAGCUUUGACCGCAUCAGCCACCUUCAGAUGCACCACAGAAUUCACACCGGAGAGAAACCGUUCCACUGCAGCAUGUGCGGGAAGAGUUUCUCUCAGCAAAGCAACUUGCGCACACACCAGAAAACACACAAAGAUCUCAGGACACAAAGUAAAACGUUUUGAAAAU